GAGGCCAAACGAACACCUUCCUUGACAGACGAAAACAUCGACCUGAAGAACUCAGAGCUCGGGAGGCAGUCAUGGCCAUUUCUUUUAACUAAGGGUUUUGCUCUGCAUUUGCAACAGAACUGUCAGGAUGAAGUGCCAUCAAAUCCUGACCGGUGCUUGCAAUGCAGGUGACCGCUGCUUUGCUGUUGGGAGUGUGGAGGGGAUCCCUUUUACAGCAUAUGCUGCUGGGUGCAACAUUGUCAUUCUUGCCAGUAAUUUUGAGCGAGUGCAAGUGAUACCAGGGGUAUGUCAUGAUAAUGUACAGAUCUCAUGUGUCGACUGCUCCACUGACACCGGGAAAAUUGCUGCAGCCUAUGGGAAAUUGGUGUGCAUUUUUGAACCCACUCCACUUGUUAAUCAGAACAACACACAUCGACUAGAUUACCGAUGGAUUCAGACAGGAGUCAUCGAAGCCGAGAGCUACAUAAAUACCAUGUCAUGGAACUUGGAGGGAACUCGUCUCCUAACAGCAGGAGAUAUUUUACAGAUGUGGGCUGCCCCUUUAACAAGAAUUGGUGGAGGGGAAGAUGGUUCAGGGCCAGUUACAUUUGAUCUAGAAUGUGAUGGGGGAGAUGAUGAAGAGCCUUCCUGGACAUGCAUCUGGAGGUGUGUGACUGCUGCUCCCACGGUCUUUCUAUCUUUUUCCUCGGAUGGCACACUGUUUGCUACAGCUGCUGCCAAUGAUCGGUUGGUCAAGAUUUGGUAUGACAACAAGCAUAUUCUUGCACCAGCUCGGCCACAAGAUGGAACAACAUUUGCCAGUGAUCUGACACGAUCCUCGGUUAGUUUUAGCUAUAUUUAUCUACCACACCCAAGUGCUGUUAAGGGAUUCACAUGGAGAUCAACCAGCAAAUAUAUGCCAAAGGGGAGUGUAAGCAACAUGUUGGUCACCUCUUGUCGUGAUAACAUCUGCCGCAUUUGGGUUGAGACAGUGUUGCCAGAUGAUGGGCUUGUUUCCCUUCAUCAUUUAGAUCCAGUGGCUGCUCAGAAUCCACGCUUUCGCACACAUCGCCACAAGCACCGGUUCAUGCAAAGGUUAAAGCACAUGAAAGCCUGUUUCCAAAUGAGGAGACAUGUGAAGACUGGAGGUAACAUAAUGGGGAGUCUUGCUGGGAUGGGAGUAGAGCCGCUCCCUACUCUUCCGUCUUCCUACUCUGUUCACGAUUUCCACAUGUAUGGCAUCCAUGGCACAGGCAUUACACCAGGCUUCCAGUUCCAUCUAGCUGCUUCAAUCAAUGCAGAAACUGAUAUCCCGUUGGUGCCCAGCAUCAGUGGCAUCAGCACAAAUGGAGAGUCAGAACAGAGCUUUGUGAUUCAUUGGCUCAACAAUAAGGAGAUGCAUUUCACUUCUGAGGCAGAGAACAUUCUUUUGGAGGUUAGCCGUCGUGCAAUGGAGAAAGAGUCUGCAUCUCUAGAUCAUGACCGUCAUUCAGAAGUGAGUGACCUUGAAGAUCCAAGACUUCGUGCAACAACAGGAAUACGUAUUGGUUCACGAACAUCAUCUCACAUGACUGUGCGUACCCGCAGUAUCGAUGAUGAUGAACCAAUUAGCCAGCAUUCGACCUCUAUCCGCACACAUCAGCCUCUGAGUGCUGCCACCUCUUCAACUUCAAUUGCAACAGAUGUAACCACUGCAACUACUUCAGCUUUAGGAGAUGCCCUUGACCGACGGAUUGAGACAUUGCUUCGGGACUGGCAUCAGACAUCUGAUGUCCUCUUUUCAAUCCACCCAGUAGAUGGAUCUCUCUUGGUUUGGAUUGUUGAUUUCCUAGAUGAUCAUUCUGGCUCUUUCCGGCAAGCUCAAGUGUCAUUCAGUGCCAGGAUACCCAAUGCUCUGCCACUGGGAGAUUCCAUGACAAUGUCACCAAACUUAGCCAUUUAUAAUGGCACAUUGCCAUCAUUCCUCAAGCAGCUUUUGAAAUUGGAACUAGCUCAUGAGGAGGAACUACGGGGAGGAAAGAACAAGAGCAAGAGCAACCUAACCCUCUCUAGUAGUGAUGAGCGAGAAGGAGGCCUGGGCAGCAGCAGUCCAUCACCCAUCAUUUCCAUGACCACCAAACAUAGUAAUGGCUCCCUCAACCUCUGGCAUCUGACUGUGGCUGAAGAUUCCCGCUUCACACAGGUGCUGAAUCUUUCACACUUCACAAGAGUUUGUGGUCACCGCUUCCAGUUGAAUGAUAUUAAAUGCCAUCCAGUCCUUCCAUUGCUCCUGUCAACAUCACAUCACAACAAGAAGGAAAUGUCUCCUGGGAACCCACCACUGGCUAGUGCAGAUGAUGCUCCACUGAUAUGCAUCCAGGAUACAACAUUUAAAGACUGGUGUAGUGAGUUAAUUUUGUGGCGUGUAGAUGCUGUUGGACCUUUAAGUAAAUCUGGAGGAGUCAUGGAACUGGCUCGUAUCAAUUCCCCACAAGUUUCUGCAUUCUCCAAUGCUGCUUGGAUUCCAACCUUGUUACCUAGCACAACUCUGGGAAGUGUGUCAAAUUCUCCAUCUGCCUGUUUCGUGGCUUCUGAUGGUGAAUGUCUGAGAGUCUACCAAGCAGUGAUUGAUGGCAGGGCUCUUCUGGCUGAGAUAUCAACAGCAAAGAGGAAGAAGCGCAUGAUGGAAUCAACCUUGAGCCUCUCUACAGAUAGCUCCCUUCAAGAACAUGUUGGACAAGUGAAUUUGGCAGAUAUAUUUGACAUAACCUCUGAGCAAUCGACGGCAAGACCUGGAUGUGUGAUAGAACUUGAUGCAAUUGGUGAUGCGACAAAUGACUGGCAGAACACACAGUUCCUCCAUGUGUUCCAAGAGGGACUCAUAAGGGGAGAAUUAGGAGCCGAAAGUGGUAAAGAUACAACCACAAUGUUUGAUCCAAUUCAUGCCCCUAUUGUGGACCUGCAUUCUACAGCUGUCUUUGAAGAGCCUUUCUACAUCACACUGUUGGAGAAGACAGCUGCAGGCUCAGUGAUGCAUAUGUGGAGACUGGUGAUUGCGUCCGAAAGCCACGGUCAAGAAAGGAUGGAAGACGAAGGCCACAUUCCUUCUGGCCGCAGCACCCCUGUGGUCGAUAACAUGGCUGGGCAGAACAGUGUUGAUGCCUCCCCUAUUGUUAUUUCUACAACUAAGAUCUACUCUCAUGCCCUCCCCUUGCCACAUGGAGUGCAGGUAAUUCAUGCAUCCCCUGCAGCGGGACACCUGAGCUCAGCAUCUAUAUACCCAGCCUGUUAUGCUCCGUAUGUGCUUGUGACAGCCUGCACAGACAACACAGUUAGGUUCUGGAGGUGCAGGAUGACAGGUGAAGGAGAUGCCAUCCAGAUACAGUGGGAGGAAUGGCGUAUGGUCAGCAAAGAUGGGAAGAGUGCCAUCAAGGUGCCAGGUCAACCACUUCAUGUAAGUGUGGCAUACAGUGGAAGAAUUGCUUGUGCAUACCAAACUCCAGGGCAGCAGGCGACGGUAUCCACUGAUGCUGAUGGUUCCAUAACUUUCUCAUGUUCCUUGGCCAUCUAUGAGUGUGAAUCAACAGGAGGUGCUGAAUGGGUAUUAGAAGAUAAAUUUGAUCUUCAGGAUGUAGUCACACAACCAGGUGACUCAAAUUUGUCAGAUCUAGACUUGACUUACCUCUCCAAAGUUGCACAAGGCAAAUCAACAUCACGCUUGACAUCAGCUCUAAGUUCUGAAGAUAUCCCACAAGCAUGUCCAACAUCACCACAGUUUGCUCAUGACCAUUUGUCUGCAGAAGCAUUACAUUCAGUCACUAGUCAGCUCUUGGUCCCUAGUCCAAGCACCUUACAUUCCCUUCGCAAUCACCGAUUUGAUAAGAGAGGUGUAAAUGUGAAGCAAAAGCAUCCAGUGCAGAUUGACUGGGUCUCACAGGAGGAUGGAUCUCACCUUCUUACUGUGGCUAUUGGGAGUAAGAUCUUGAUUUAUACAAGUGUUGCUGAUGAGAUUGCCCUGAUGAACUGUAGUGAAGGAAAUAAAGACAAAGAAGGACGGCCAAGACCUGUGCUGCAGAAAUCCAUAUCAGUCCAUAAACUUAGUGACACAAAACUGCCAAGGUGGAUGCGCUUAGAAAAAUUAGGCUUGUCCACCGCAGAUGGUCUUGCACCACUGCCAAUGCAAGUGUCUUGGGUGCGUGAUGGCAUCCUGGUUGUGGGAAUGGAUAAUGAAAUGCAUGUCUACUCACAGUGGCAUGUUCCAGGUAAUUAUGUUCUGCUUAACUUUUAUGACAGUAUAUGUUUAUCUCAACUUGGUCAACGAAGCGCUGAUGCAACUUACCGCACAAGCCUCUCAGAUGCAGAUGAGCCUCGUAGUCGAUCAUGGUCAAGAUCCCGCACUCUGUCUGUAUCGGGAAAUCAGGGCGGUUCUUCAAGUCGGGAUGGCAGGGGAUCACCUUCACUGCUUCCAGAAGAGAUAACUCUUGAUUAUAUUGAAGUGACAGCAAUACCUCCUCUUCCUUUAUGGCUCCUUCUUGAAGCUGAUAAAGAUACUCAGAACCAACAGACAAAGAAAACUGAAAAUAAAGAAGAUACCUAUGCAGAAUUAUUUGGAGCUCCAACCAUGUCAGUGGAUGAAGACUUAACCCUUGAUGAUGAUGAAGUGGAGACUGGAGGCAGGAGGAAAUCACUGACCCAUGAGAGCAAAGGAAUUACCUUCUUUGGCCCACGUCAGACCCAAAUUUUGGCAACUUUGCUCACCCACACCCAUCUGCCAGGACUGUCAAGUCUUGACCAAAUGCACCUUUUGGCCCUGUCAGACACAGUAGCCUCAUGUAAUGUUGACUUUGCUGAUCGCUUUGAUAUAAACAAGGCUAAAGAAGCACUGGCGAAGGAGACAUUUUCAAGAGCUGUUACAGAUGAGCCUUCUAUGGAUGCUCUUGAUGACUGUGGUUUACGAUUCCUUUUGGCAAUGCGUCAUCACACAUAUCUUCUUAGAUGUUUGCCCAUUGCUCAAAGGGCAGCUUUGCAAAAAGGUGGCAUUGGUAGUCACAAUUUUGUCUGGGCUUUCCACUCAGAGAGCCAAGAAGAACUUUUAGAAUUUAUUCCAUCUAUGAGACAGGGCAAUCCUCGUUGGUCAGAGCUGCGGGAAUUAGGCUUUGGAUGGUGGAUUAGAAACAACACAGUUCUAUCACGCUGCAUCAACAAGGUUGCAAAGGCAGCAUUCCAGUUACGUAAAGAUCCUCUUGAUGCUGCCAUCUACUAUCUUGCAAUGAAGAAGAAAAGUCUUGUUUGGGGUCUCUUCCGCUCCAUCAAUGACAAAAGGAUGACUGACUUCUUUUCCAAUAAUUUCACUGAGGAGAGAUGGCGAAAGGCAGCCCUGAAGAAUGCCUUUGCACUCCUUGGAAAACAGAGAUUUGAACAUGCUGCAGCCUUCUUCCUCCUGGCAGGGGCUCUCACUGAUGCUCUAGAGGUUGUUUUGAACAAGCUUCAAGACGAACAGCUUGCUUUAGUUAUUAUACGUCUCUAUGAAGGAGAACUGGAAGCUGUUCCCCCAACACUUGGUAAAUUGUUGCAUACUAGGGUGCUUGGAAAGGAUGAGCAAGGAGAGAACGUGGACCUCACGAAAGUUCAUCCCAAUCCCUUCCUUCGCUCGGUUGCCUUCUGGAUGUUGAAAGAUUACAGCAGCUCCCUAAAUACACUACUUCAGACAGACCCAGUACUUGGUAUACACCAUCAGGAAUAUGUGUCUGACAAAUCAAAAUCUUCAAGUGUGUUCAGUGCAGCCGAUCCAAGUGUAUUCAACUUCUAUAUUUACUUGAGAACUCAUCCACUGCUUAUCAGGCAGUGUAUUGCCAACAGUGCUAAAGAUGGAGGUGGAUCACUUAUGGCAGCAAGGCUGGGGUCUGGUCAAGACAACCUGGAUAAGAAGAGUGUGUACGAGAGUAGCAUGACACUUCUGGAGAGAAGACUUUACUUUACUACAGCUCAUGCCCACCUCAGAUCAGGAUGUCCAACCCUAGCUCUGGAGGUCUUAUCCAAACUGCCAGACAAUGUCAUUGAUCCGGAUAAUCCUGAUACAGGAGAUCUCUUAGGAAGCCCAUCAAAGGAGCAAAGACCAGCAUUUGAGCUAAUCCACUCAGGAACCUUUGAAAGCAGUGAUUCAUUUGAGCAGAGUGCAAUAUCCUCAGGAGGUGGGGACAAAGCUGCUGACCUGUUUGGUGCUAGCCCAGCAUUUGGAGCUGGUUCGUCAUCUGUUGGAUUUGACUGGUCAACUCCCAGUUCAUUCCAAAGGAAGGAUGAUGAUUUAGAACUUGAUUUCUCCAUUGACAAAGAUGAAGAAGAAGAUAUUGAUGACCUGGCAGAUGAAAAGAAGAUUCAUGCACAGUCUACAAAUGAGGAAGAAGAAGCACUAUCAGAUUCUCCUAGCAAGCAUCUAGACAUUAUGGCACAACAGCUGAAGUUUGUGUCCUGCCUCAAAAUGAUGAUGGAGGAACUAGCCACUCUAGCUACAGGUUGUGAGGUUGAUGGUGGACAGCUACGUUUCCAACUCUAUGUUUGGCUUGAACGAGAGGUGGAAGCCCUGAAGGAAGUGUGCAACUACUGCUGCACAUUGAGUGAUGGCGCUGACUUCAAGUUGUGGGAGGACUCCUUUUGGGAGAAAGUCCUCGUAGAAUCCAUUCCUGCGGAUGAAGGUGGUGACAUACUAGCUCCAUCUCCUGUUCCUCUGGCUGAGCCAUCGACUCUGCACGAGAUCCUACAGCAGGAAAAGAUAGAGUUUGAAGAGAAAAUGGAAAGGGCGGCGAGAAGAAAAAGGUGGCUGAUGGCAAACCAGCAAUUGCUCCGUACACUUCUCAGCUACUGUUCCCUUCACGGAUCCAGUGGAGGGGGACUUGCUUCUGUUAGGAUGGAACUCAUUUUGCUUUUGCAAGAACUACAACAGGAAAGCAGCAAGCAGCAGCUUCUCUCACCGUUGCCAUUCCCAACAACUCUGCCACUUCUCUCUGCUUCAAUUGCAUCGAACAAGACUGUUGUGUCAGAUCCUGUUCGUCACUUACAGGCAGGCACCCAUGAUCUGCUACAGUCCCUUGUUGAGGUGUCUGGUGUUGGUCGUCCAGAUGCACAACUCAUGUGUCAGGCAACUGUUUUGAGGAAUCUUGCAGCUGCCCUUUCUGCUUGCAUAUAUCAGUCUCUGUGUGACUCUGAAACAUUUACUGUCAAGGCCCAGCACAGAGUGGCAGCCCUUGGUGUAGAUAUUCAGCAUACAACAGUAGCUCACCGUGAAUCUCAUCUUGUGGGACGUGAUCUAAGAACAGGGACACCCCAUGAGGAGGAACCACUCCAGGUGUGCACUCCUCCUGCCAAGUGGCCAGGUGUCACUUCCCUUCUGGCAUUGAUUGCUCGUGAACGUGAUGAAGAUACUCCGAAGUUGAAUGUUCUCCUCUGUGAAGCUUUUGUUGCAGUGUACUUAAGUCUCCUGAUAUAUGGCAUUUCAGCCAGUGAUGCUUAUGUGUUAUACCGCCUUGUUGCACAGCCUCUAACAGAAAAGGACUGGGCUACUAUGUUUGGAGGUGGAGUUAAGAAGUUAUUGAAAGUCAUCACAAAUGUAUUGCCUAGCCAAGCAUCUCUUGAAAGAGAAGGUGCUGGAGCUGCCGUCAGUGGGGAGAGGAUUCUGUCAACGAUUUCUAGCUUACAGAAAACGAGGAUCAAAUUCAACAUGAAAUUGCUGGGUCAGCUUGGGUUCCAGGACCCUCGUGGGGCUGCCAGUGAUGGUGAUAGCAAGCCUGCAUAUCGGGAACAGUUUCUUCCACCAGAAUUGUCAAUUGUGUCCAACCUUAUGAAGAAACCUCCUCUUCCUGGUGAAUGCGAGAAUAUUGAUUAUGAUUCAUCUGCAAGUGAUGAUGAGGAUCUAGAAAUUGAUUAUGAAGAGGAUGAAGACGUGUUCAAGGAACCAAAGGUAAUAGCAGAUAACACUGAGCACAGUGACCCAGACUCAUAUUCAUGGUGCCUGCUGCGACUUGCAACAAUGUGUGCUGCCAAAUCAGUUGUGGGAAGAUUCUUGGAAGUUGCAGGGGUGGAGUUACAGGAACUCCCAAUGCAAAGCCCUCUGCUGCAUUCCAUCCUGCGCACUCUGGACCAGUGGCUGGCCUCCCUGGUCAACCACAUUGAGAACAAGAAGGGGCCACCACCUGAGUAUAUACCUGGCUGCUUUGCUGAGUCCCAGGUUACUGGACCGGCCAUCUUGAAGUACCGGGGGCUUCUGGAGACUCACAACACUCCCUUUGCGCAUAACAAGCGAGGUGUAAAGCCAGUAGAACGCCUGUGGAACUACUUGGUACGACAAGAACAUGUCCAGGAGGUCUUUGUCAGAUAUAUCUUUGGACGGAAGAGACCAGCACCGGAGCCUACACAGUAUUCUGAUCAUGGUGAUGAUGAUAUGAGUGAUGUUGUAGAUGGUAUAGAUGGUUCAGGAACUGGUGAAGGAGGAUCAGAAAUGGGCAUUGAGAGCCACCAUGAACCUUCAGAGCAUGGUGGUCCACCGUCAGAGACAACAGUGCAGUCUCUGGAGCCUGUGCGAAUUAUCCACAAAGAACAGGAUUCCAUCACAUCUUUCUGUAUAAAUGGGCUUCUCCAGCCCCAGUCAGUGCCAAAGCAACUACACACACAGCGCUUGACGCGUAAACAUGUCAAAGGGAAGGUGAAUCCGGGACUAAUGGCUAUAGCAACAGUAAGAGAAGUGCAGGAGCUGGAUGUAUCACUCUUAUUAGACCAUCCUGGCUGGCUCACCAAUGAAUGUGAACUGGAUGUUUUAGCUCUCAACAAGGAGCCAGAUACUGUACCAUCUUCAAACUUCCUGGUUGUGCAGACCCCUAUGGACAAGAAUAUUCUUGAAUCUGGUCGAGGAGGACUGGAUGGAAACUUGUCCUCAUCAUCUAGUAUAAACUUCGGUGGUAUGGGUUCAUCUCCAAUGGGACAAACAGGCCGGGGUACCAGUGUGGUAAGUUACUUUGUGAUACUUGUAUAAAGUAGCUUCAGUAGU